CUUCAAUAUUUGCCCAUCCCAUGUUUUGCCUAAUUAUUUUUUGGCCCUAGGUUCAAAUUCCCAAUAAAAAUUUGACCCCGAUUUGUUGUUUUCAUUAUCAAAUAUCCUUUACGUAAUGUACUUUGUUGAACUGUUACAAGUUUUUCGAGCGGUGUUAUCAUUUUGAUUAGAUUGUCUUAUUUAUUAAAUAUGUUUUGGAGAUGAUAGUUUAAUAUAAUAAAACGUCCUCAAUAAUUCACUUUCUUAUUUUUUCAGGCUUUUAAGUUGAUUAAGUCUUUGUUGUCCAAUUGUAAAUAAUUUUAACUCGUUUGCCAGGGCGAGGAGAAAGCCCACUCCAAGUUUUAAAAUUAGUGGUUCAAAGUAAUAUUUGUUACAAAUAUUAGAAAGUAAGUAGUUAAAUGCGCCUCUCCGUAGUCUGUUGACAAGAUCUCAACAAGGGUCCAAAGGGAAUUCAAAACUGUAAAUCAUUAUGGAGCUACCUCGAGUUGUUCUAACUAUAAACAAAGAUCAGAAUGAGGAGGAUAAACUUUUCCGUGUGCCCAAAGGAGUCGUUAUACAAAUAAAAGAAGGACCAUCUCUUUAUGGUCAUAAGGUCAAAAUAUUUACAGAUUUCCCUCAGAAAGGCACAGGUUUUGUCCAAAGGGCUUAUAGGGUAUUGGAUAAGAAAGAAUUGAUCGCUAAUUGGUCAGGGUCAUUUCAUUAUUGUUUUACUGUUGAUGAUUGUCUCAAAAUUAAUGGCCAAGGCUAUAUUUUGGUCGAACCUGAACUAAUUAUCGGCAGCGACAUCGUGACAUUGGACUGCAUUCAAUGUGUUACUUACAUUUCCAAAAAUCUAGGCCCAUUGUCUACAUGGAAAAAGAAGCUGCAAGUGGCCAAAGAGUGUGGAUAUAAUAUGAUCCAUUUCACGCCCAUACAGGCGCUGGGUAGCUCCAAUUCAGCGUAUAGUUUAAAAGAUCAGUUAAAAAUCAAUCCAUUAUUUGGUGACAAUUUGACUGACGCUGACAUUCUGGAAGUUGUAAAUUUUAUUAGAAAAGAAUGGAAGAUAUUAAGUAUUUGUGAUAUAGUAUUGAAUCAUACUGCAAAUGAAAGUCCAUGGCUUAAAGAUCACCCAGAAUGUGCCUACAACUUGACUAACUCGCCUCAUCUUCGUCCAGCUUAUAUUCUAGAUAGAUUAUUGUAUAAACUUUCUCUCGAUGUAUCUGUAGGAGUAUAUGAAACAAUGGGACUUACUGCAGAAAUUAAUUCUGAAGAGCAUCUUAAUAGUCUCAGAUACCUUUUGGAAAGUGUUUUGAUACCAGAAGCAAAAAUCCCAGAAUGCUUUUUAGUGGAUGUACAUCUGCUUGUGAACGAAUUCAAAGAAAAGUGCAGAAAUGUAACACUGACAGAGAGAAUCGAUAACCCUGACAGAAAUCUUACGAUUAUCCAGGAUCCCCAAUUUCGGCGAUUGAAAUCAACCAUUGAUAUGGGUUUAGCACUAAAGAAGUUCAACAUAUACAGAGUUGACUGCUUUGAUGAAGAUACAAGGCAAAAAAAAUGUGCUGAAGCUUUCAAAAAUUAUCUGGAGUCUCAAAAUAAUGAAAUCAGAAAUGAAAUUGAGAAUCAUUUAAAGAGUGCUGUCGAAAACACUAUAGCGACUGUUCGAUAUUUUAGACUAGAUCAAAAAGGUCCAAAAAUCCCAUUAGUGACCAAAGACGAUCUUCUUGUGCACAGGUAUUUUGUUGAAAUAAUAACAUUAGAUGAAAACGCGAUGUUUACUGAUGAAGCAAAGUACAUAAUGGCUCAUAAUGGUUGGGUUAUGGACUAUGAUCCUUUAAACAAUUUUGCAGAAUUUGGAUCCAACGUCUAUCUCAAGAGAGAACUGAUCGUUUGGGGAGAUAGCGUUAAAUUAAGAUAUGGUGAAAAAAGAGAUGAUUGCCCAUAUCUCUGGGAUCACAUGAGGUCAUAUGUUGAAAGAACGGUUGAAAUUUUCGAUGGAAUUCGUUUGGACAAUUGCCACUCCACGCCAAUACCUGUAGCACAAUACUUAGUAGAUGCAGCUCGUGUAGUUAGACCAGAGCUCUAUGUCGUUGCAGAAUUAUUUACUAAUUCAGAUCAGAUUGAUAACAUUUUUAUUAACAAAAUUGGAAUAUCUUCAUUAGUUAGAGAAAGCAUGUCUGCGGGGGAUUCGCAAGAGGUUGGCCGCCUAGUCUACCGCUAUGGAGGGUCAGUUAUUGGCGCUUUACACUCCCAAAAAGUGUCAAACAUCGCUCAUGCAUUAUUCAUGGAUCUCACACAUGAUAAUUCGAGCCCAGUGGAAAGAAAGACCGUUUAUGAUAUGCUUCCUUCGACGGCUCUUGUCUCAAUGGCAGCCUGUGCUACUGGUUCCACCUACGGCUAUGACCAACUCGUCCCUCACCAUAUAAAUGUUGUCAAGGAAGAUCGAACUUUCAUGAACUUCUCCGAGACCAGAAUUGCAGGCGGCAUAAUGUCAGGAAAAUGCGCUUUGAAUAAAUUGCAUUAUGAAUUAGCUAAACAAGGUUUUUCUCAGGUGUUCGUAGAUCAAAUUGACAAAGAUAUUGUUUGUGUGACAAGAUUCAACCCGAACACCUUGGAUUCUGUUGUGCUCGUUGCUUAUACAGCUUUUAAGUGGCCUAACAAUUACCAGACAGGUGAAGGAAAGGGAGUCACUGUGCAAGCGGUUCCACACAGUCUAAUUUUUGAAGCCUUUUUGAAACACAAGUCUGGUAAACGUUAUGAGCCUUCAAGCAAUUUCACUAAAGAUUCAACAGUAAUUAAUGGCCUGCAAGAAUACGAUCUUGAGAUUAGUGAAAAUGUACCGAUAUCGUCGGGCAAAAUGGUCCGACUUGUUUCUUCAGAACAGGGUACAAGGGUGAACUUUACAACAGAUUUUCAGCCAGGUUCCGUUGUGGCUUUGAAGUUUGUUGCUCAGGAAAAUGCGGUAAAAGCAGCAAAGAAAAUAAACGAAGGGAUGACAAUACAGGACUGUAUAGAACAUUUCUCCCUGGCUGAUGUUAAUUACGCUCUGUAUCGGUGUGGCAAUGAAGAAAAUGGAAAUACAUACUGCAUCCCUGGACAUGGCCAUCUAGUUUAUUGUGGAAUACAAGGUAUUAUGUCGGUAUUUGAUAUCAUUGCAAAAAACAAUGAUUUGGGUCACCCAUUGUGUUCCAAUAUCAGAGAAGGGUCUUGGUAUAUGUAUUAUACUGUAGACAGGUUGAAACAACUUCAGUCGACCGAACGAUUGGGAGAUAAAUUGCAUAAGCAAUUCAAACUUAUAGACGAUCUGCCUACAUCACUGAGACCUUGGGGGCUUUAUAAAGUUCUGUCACAAGUCCAUGGAGCUCUGCUAGAAAAAGCAAUUUCAUUAAUGCCUGCAUUUUUUAAAGAAGGAGAUGAAUUUCUACAAAACCUUGCAAUGUGCUCUAUCCAGAUGGCAGGCAUUAUUAAAUCUUCUCCACUUCCACCUCUGUCGAAUGGAAUCGCUCCACCGAGGCCAAAAAUAGAAAAUUUAUCCGAUGGUUUCGACCAUCAAAUUUGCACUACAUUGGCAGCUGGUCUCCCUCAUUUUUCAUCUGGCUACAUGAGAUCGUGGGGGCGGGACACUUUUAUAUCUAUUAAGGGACUCUUAAUUUUAACCCAUAGAUUUGAUGAAGCAAGAUACCACAUAUUGGGAUAUGGCGGAUGUUUGCGUCAUGGUCUCAUCCCAAACUUGUUAGAUGCUUAUGACCUUAAACCUAGGUACAACAGCAGAGAUGCAGUUUGGUGGUGGCUUCAAUCUAUAAAGGAAUACACAAACUUAGUGCCAAAUGGAGUCGUAAUAUUUAAAGACAAGGUUAACCGCCUCUUUCCAACAGACGAGUCAGAACUGGAAUUUGUAGAUCAGCCUCUUGAAGAAGUUAUUCAAGAAGCUCUGACAAAACACUUUCAAGGAGUGACUUUCCGGGAACGUAAUGCUGGUAAAGAAAUUGACGAACAUAUGACAAUUCACGGGUUUGAUAACCAGAUCGGCGUUCAUCCAAUAACUGGUUUUGUUUUUGGUGGGAAUGAAUGGAAUUGUGGAACAUGGAUGGAUAAAAUGGGAUCGAGCGUCGAAGCUGGUACAAAAGGAAAACCUGCUACGCCCAGAGAUGGUUCAGCCGUUGAAAUUGUAGGGCUGUCUUAUUCUGUCAUAUUAUGGCUUUCAACAUUGUACAAGAAAGGGAAAUACCCUUAUAACAGUGUCACCCGAAUUAAUAAGUUUGGAGAGACCACAACAUGGACAUGGGCGGAAUGGGCAGACAAAAUAAAAUCACAUUUUACAAAAGAGUUUUGGGUGGAAGACAAGACCGUUAGUGAAUAUGUAAACAGAGUAGGCAUAUAUAAGGACAGCGUAGGCGCAACUCAACCUUGGGCUGAUUUCAGACUGAGACCAAACUUUUUAAUCUCAAUGGUUGUUGCUCCAGAGCUUUUUGACCUGGAAAAAGCCAGAAUAGCGCUCCAGUCGGUCAAAGUGCUAGUUGGCCCACUUGGAAUGAAAACCCUUGAUCCAACUGAUCUCAUGUAUUGCGGUGAUUACGAUAAUGGCAACCAUUCGACAGAUUUUAAAGUUGCACACGGAUUUAAUUAUCACCAAGGGCCGGAGUGGGUUUGGUUGGUCGGUUACUAUCUGAGAGCGAAGCUGAGGUAUUCAGAAGAUCCUGAAGGGGCUGCGGCUGAGAUAAAACAGUACCUUUCGACUCACUGGAACCACUUGGUCAACAAUCCGUGGCGAGGUUUAUCCGAGUUGACGAAUGCCAAUGGUGCUUUCUGUGAAGGCGCUUGCCCCACUCAAGCUUGGUCUGCCGCAUCUAUUAUCGAGGUUUUCUAUGAUUUAACACAUCUGUGUAACUGAACUGGGCGGUAAACUUCAGUAAUAUUUAUAAAAUAUCGUUUAGAGUUGAUACUUUAUUACUCUGUAUGAGUAUUUAAUUGUUAAAAUUUUUGUAACUAUUCAUUAUACAUAUAUACUAUUAGA